GGAACUGCUGAGUACUUAGAUCCAGGUGGAUUUGAAGUCAAAAGUGGCAAGAUAAUGGCUUCUGAUUUCAGGAACUGGAGUCUGGCAAGAAAGAAUUGCGGACAACAGUGCAGUCAUAUAAAGCGAACGAGGUGCGACUGAACCGCUCACUGGAGGAGCUGAAAAAAUUGCGAACCAUUAUGAAUAACUAUGAGCAUGACAACAAAGAACUACGAGAUGUCACACGCAGGAAGAGUGAUGAGGUAGCCGCAGUCAUGAAGCGGCUUGAGAAGCAGAAGUCUGAGUUGCUGCUUGGGUUCAAGAAACAGAUGCAACUCAUUGACAACCUUAAAAAACAGAAAGUUCACUUACAAGCAGCAAGCAUGAUGCAGUUUAGCAAGGAGGAGCUCCUGAAACUUCUUGACUUGAACCCC